AUGGCUCAUGUGACUGAUGACAAUGAGAAAAGCCAAGUGAGCAGCCAGCCCCCCCCCCCGAGACCCCAGAUCCUGAUCAAGGGUGCCUUUCCAUCCCGCAGACUCCACUGCUCCUCCUCCCACCCCCCCGGGAACACCGCACUCUCCUGCAACAGGGCCAUCAAAUCCCCAGUUCGGAGGACUUUCUCCCACGACGCCUCCGUAGCUGACGCCCAGCAGGGCUCCCAGGGGGUCUCCCAUCCCAAUGCAACCAGGGCAGACCCUGCUCAGCAAAGGCGACGGUUCUGCCGGGAAAGGGGGGAGGAGGAGGAGGAGGAGGAGGGAGAGCCGCUAGCCGGAGGCAACUGCGGGGGGGGGGGCUGGCCGUCAGUCUCCUCCCACGGAGGCACCCGACUGGCCGGCUGGGGCGGGGGGUUGGAGGCAGGUGGGAGGGGCCGGCUCAGCUGCAGCUGCGCCGCUUCGGGCCACGGCAAGGGAGGGGAGCCGCCGCCCCGCAUUGGGCGCCCGGCCGGAGUGACUCCGGAUUGGCAGCGCCGCCGGCGGGAUCCCGGCCAGGCUCUGGGCAGCGGCGCUUCGCGGCCGGAGCGGCCCUCGCAGACCGAGGAGGCGGCGGCGGAGGCGCACAACCGCCCGGCGGCUCGGAGCACCUCGCUGGCAGGUGACGAAGCGGCCCCGCCCCGCGCGGGAGGACCCCGGGGCGCCCCCCUCCCGGGCCCCGCCUGGCAGGCCCCAGCCCCUCCCUCGGGGCGCGGCGAGCAGAAGCACAACCCUGCGCCGCGGCCUCUGAGGACGUGCAGAGUCCGGCCGAGUCCCUCGCCUCCCCCCCCCCCUGCAGCCAGCGGCCCCCCAGGGCGCCUGCAGGGCCCCCGCCCGCUGAAGCUGGUCGGCAAGCCCUGGCGGCCCCGCGGGACGGAUUGGGCCCUGCUUAAGGCGCAGGAAGCGGAGGGGAGGCGGCCGCGGACUCCGAAGUAG